AUCGACGCUACAAAGGGCUUCAAACGCGGAAGAAAGAGCUAACGACUGCCGCAAAAACCUAUUAUUUUUCUUGCAUAUAUGCAAGUAUAGGUUGGACAAUUGAUUAAUAACUGUAUAGAAUCGGCGAGGCAACUAGAGCAUUACUGUGUAAAUUCAUUUUUGGUUGAACUUUGAUUUACCAAAGACAGCCUUUUAUUUUAAAUUCAACGGUUUCUUUUUGGAACACUGAGAAAGAUAUUUGACUUUAGCUGUGCUUCGUAUGCUAUACUUCUUAAAAACUUCUUUGUUCGACAAAACAUUACAUUGGGCAGUUGAGGAAAAGUUGCGUUUGGUGAAAAAGUGUUUUCAUUGAAAAUUUUACUCUCGUUGUAACUACAUACGGAAAAAUGGAACCUCUUGAUGAAGCAAAACUUGCGGAGCAAAUUACAAUUUAUGAAAACAAGAUUAAAGCAAUCAAAGACAAAAUUGGCGAUGAACUUCGAACGAGGCGAGAUUACAAAGAAAAACUUAGAGAAGCUAAGAGAAGAGAAGCGACGCAAAUUCUCAUUUUAGAAAGAUUAGACGAAUAUCAGAAAAUAGUUAAUCAACAGAUCGAAGCGGCCGCAAAAAUGGAAGACACCGAAUCGAUUAAGCAGAUGGCUAUAAUUGAAAAAUACGAAAGUAUGCUCCGUGAACAGCGAGUAAUCUGGGCGAAAUACGAGGCGGAGUAUGAAUCAUUGCCGCUAGCCAAAGAAAGACGAGCGUCUGAAUUACAAUUAUUGAAGGUCACCAUUCAGAACAAGCUAAUAUGCCACAAAAUCGAGGAAACAAAGCGCAUGUUGAAAAUCAAGGCACUAAUCAGCAGAAGAGUCGCGCAACUGAAAAUUAUUGAAUUUGCCAAAUUGUAUGUUGAGCAUAAGAAGAAAGAAAUAUGUUGUUCCAAAUUGGCAAACAAAGUGAAGAGUCUAAAAUUUCAAGAAAAAGAAUUACGUUUAGAGGUUGAACGUUUGGAAAAGCAGGCUGUAGAGUCAAAAAGAAGAGAUUGGGUAAUCACGAAAUCGUCGAUGCUAUCCCAACAGCUGCCUAAAGUUGAUUUGUCUGCUUACAUAAUUUCCAGAGAUAAACGCGAUGAUGCGUUCGAUAAUCAGUCUAUAAAUUCUUAUAAGUUGGAGCAGGAAUACGUGAACAGCGAUAUCUAUAUGAAUCAAGAUUCGAGCCAGUCGAAUGAUACUACAAUGAUAGAAAACAAUGCAGACAAAGAAAAAAAUAGCCAAGGACUGCUGAAUGAUUCGAUGGAUAUUGAUGACGACGAAUACCACCAUCAGGCGCAACAAAAACAGCACGUUCCGACGAAACACAGAACUGCCGAUCGAAAAAUGAAUUCCAAUAAUCAUGAAAAUGCGCGCACUAAUGCUGAAAAACAAGCUGUCGAAUCAAAUCAACGGAAGAUUAAUCGAGAAAAUGCGACGAAUAGUGAAGAGAAACAAGGACAAUCACGGAAAUCCGAGCGUGCCACUGAGCACGAUAGAAAAGCGCAUUUUAAAAAUAUGUUCAAUAAUGAAGAGAAACGAGUUCAUUCCAAUCAUGUACUGAAUGGGCAGCAGCAAAAAACGCGUCAUUUCGAGCAAGUUAAUGAGAACGAGAGAAGAGCGAAUUCAAACAAUGCGUUUAAAGGCCAAGAGAAAGAAGCUCAACAACCAAGGAUGCGAAAUUUCGAGCAAGUCCACGAACACGAGAGAAGGACAAACGGCAAUGGUGGAAAAAAUUCGCAUGGAAACCAGCUUGAUACUUCUCAAAUGAACGAGGGAAGCAACACUAAACGACGAGCGAAUCAAUCCAAGCAUCAAAGUAAAGACGACGACAAACAGCCUAUGAAUCGUGCGAAUCCUUCCGAACGUCCUAUUCCCACCCCAGCAAAAAUGGCAAAACACAUUCCAGAGCAACACCAACAACAACAAAUUCAUUCGAACUCACCCCAGGGUCAUAGAAAUCCGGAACAGUCCAACUUCCGCCAGGACUUGUUGAAACUUCCACAGGGCAACAAGCCUUACAUCAAGUCAUGCGAGCGCGUUAAUUAUCAAAAUGUGCUACUGCAAGGGCAGCGCGAGACAGCAAAACCACUUGUGCAAGCUAUGCCGAUGCCGCCUAUUGAAAAUCCUUCGAGCGCUGCAUCCGUCAUAGCUUCAAUGGAUCAACAUCAACAACAGCCAGAUCAGCCGCAGAUGGUUAGAUCCGUUUCGAUGGAGAUAAUACAAGAAUCGAUGGUCAACGGAAGCCCUAUAAACUCUAUGAACAAUAUGUUGAACAUGGAAUCUCAGAGCUUGAUAUCCGGACUCAUGGAAAUGCACGCUGACGCUAACUCUGACAUAUCGAUGAUCCUUGGCAGCGAGAUCACGGAACCAGGUGGUAGUGUCGAGCUGGCUAAACGAUUUUACGAUGAUUUGGAUGUUAAUUCAGAAAAUGGUUUCAACUACGAUGAAAUGCUUCAGAAAUUUUAUUCUCCUGUAGCAGCAAAUCUAAGAAAAGAACAAUCUCAACAGCAGCAACAGACAGUUGAUAACGCUCAGUCCGAAAACCAAGAACAAAGGAAUAUAAACUUUAUUUCGAGCCACACCGUUAAGAAGCCAACAAAUCAAUCGCAACGAUUCUUUUGAAAAAAAAAAUUAUUACGCCUUCCAUAUAGGACAUAUUUUUUACCUAGAUUAACAAAACACUUAAGCACUCUUUAAUAACUGUUUUUAUCAUAUUGAACGAGUAGUUUAACCAUUUUUUUUUUAUAAGGAGAACAAGCGUUAUCAAUAUCAAGAGGAUAGUUGGCAAGCAAGUGUUGUGCAAUACAAAAAUCAUCGUUACCAGUCACUAUAGCUAUUUUUUUAAAUGCACUUGUAUUAACAACGCAACGCAUUGUUUCUUCGCAAAUAACAGAGUCGAAUAAAACACACAAUAUGGUAGCA